UCAAGACUUUUAUUAUGAACUAUCGAACAUCCGGUGAUGUAAGACGCGCAAGUGUUUAGGUGUCCCGUCCGUGGACAUGUCUUCUGUCUGUGCAAAUAAAAAUGUCCCCCUAUUUCUUUGGUGGCUCGCUGCUAUAGUUUGCUGUCCUCAGAAGUGAAGGUGUCUGAUGUGAAUGCGUCACGUGACGGCGGGUGUGAUUGGACAUUAAAAAGUGUCAAAAAGACACAAGCUGUCCUAUUUUGUGGAUGUAGACGAGCAUCCAUGGGUGUCCUGCGGGUGCUGUCGGUCAGCAUGGGAAGGAUCAGCACGUUUCGGUCCUAUCAGAUCACGCUGCUCUUCGCUGCGGCUCUAGCCGUGGUGGCCUUCUACUACUUCGGCUCUGAAAAGCAGAACUUCUCCAGCACCACGAAACGCAUCAAGGAAACGCAAGCGAGCCACAACGCCAACCGCGACGAUGCGGAUCUCUCCGUAGACAUCCGGUCUGGACGUCCUGAAAGCAGAGCUGGAGAUGAGCUGGAGGGGAAGCCGUCACGCUUUCACGCUCUCAUGAUGUUCACCAAAGUGGACAAGAGCUUGAGCUUGCAGCAGAAGUUUCAGGUGGCCAUGCGCUCCGUGGCCAAACACGGACGCUUCCUGGAGGAGGAGGUGCUGGUUCUCCAUUACGUGUCUGACGCUGGAAGUCGGGAGCUGGGGGAGAAGAUGCUUCCUGAACUUUUGUUGGAUGCUACUUUCCGGUACGAGGUGGUGUUUCACGAUGUAGACGCCCUUACUGAGAAGUUAUUUCCCAUCGUAGAGGCCAUGCAGAAACAUUUCAGCGCAGGUUCCGGUGCUUACUAUAGCGACGCCAUCUUCUUCCUGUCGGUGGCCAUGCAUCGCAUCAUGCCUGCAGAAUUGAAGUGCAUUGUUCAGCUGGACCUGGACCUCAAAUUCAGAAGCAACAUCAGAGACCUCUUCCAAGAGUUUAACUAUUUCCCUGCUGAGGCUGUCAUUGGAAUUGCACGUGAAAUGCAGCCAGUUUACAGACACACUUUCUGGCAGUACCGCAAAGACAAUCCAAAGUCCCGUGUUGGUGACCCUCCACCAGAAGGUCUGCCCGGCUUCAACAGCGGCGUAAUGCUCCUGAACCUCGACGGCAUGCGUCGCUCAACCUUAUACAACCAGCUUCUGGAGCCCGAGCGGGUGGCCCGCCUUGCAGAGAAAUACCACUUCCGGGGCCACCUGGGUGAUCAGGAUUUCUUCACAAUGAUCGGGAUGGAGCACAAGGAACUGUUUUACCCACUGCCCUGCGGCUGGAACCGACAGCUUUGCACGUGGUGGAGGGAACACGGGUAUGGUGACAUCUUCCAGCUGUACUUUCACUGCGAUGGGCCAGUGCACAUCUACCACGGCAAUUGCAACUCUCCCAUACCCGAUGACUGAGGUUCAAAGCGCGUCUUUGAAUGCCAACUUUUAGAUUAAACUCAUUUUGUUUGCACAUCUUGAACAACUUUAAAUCAAGUGGACCAAGGCUGAAGGGGCUCAUUGUUAGAGGUGCUAAUAGUGCAGCAUUCCCAUGACUAAUCACAUUUACACAAUAUACUCCAGCCAUUACCACAUUAAUCAUUCAUUUAACACCGCUGAGGCUGUUGGUGCCUCUCCAAAGUUACUGAAAGAAACUCUGGCUUAAAUGCCAGUUGUUUUCUUCAUUUAUAUAAUGCAGUGCGCCUUUGACUCUCAGUAUUCUGGGUUUCCUCAUGCAGGUGUCUCAUCAAAUCACUCUGAGACAGCAGGCUGUAAAAGAGCCAAUCAGAGUCGUUUUCCCCUCCACUUUGUAUUGUUUACAGGUACAGUUUCAAUCUUGAAGUCACAUUAAGGUACAUUAUCUUCAUUUUAAAAAGAGAGUUGCAUAUAUAUUUUUACUUGUCAUCAGUUCUUUAAAAAUGCAUUUCCACUUUGAGCCACGUCUCCCACUCGUUUGCUAUGUUCCAUACAGUGAUGAUGAGAAACGAGAGGGAAAGGGUGUUGACCCAUUUUCCUGAGUUUUUAUGUGCUGAUGUUGGAAAGCCUUUUCUCUGUGAUCUGCAGCUGAAUCUCCUUAGCCACGAUAACAUCUCAGAUCGGAGGUCUCGUUCUUGCCGUGGUGGUCUGAUCCGCCUGAGAAAUGUGGAAGUGGGAUUUGCCGGAAUAUUCCAAAGGGAACAGCCUCUGCCCUGAGGGAGAUAUGCGCUAGAUUUUGAGGGCAGAGCACUAGCUGUUGUGGUUGGCUGGCAUUUAUUGAGCGAUGUUGCUGUUGGCGAAGCUCUGCGGGAUUGUUUGAAAUGCUCGUAAUAACCUGCGCUAUGUCAAAUCAACAGGCAGGAGAGAAAGAACUUGGUAAUCAAGUCUCACAUGUUUUGGCAGGCAGCAUCGAGAUCCCACUUCAAGCUCUUCUGUGUCCAGUAUGGUGAGGUUAAGGACUGCAUGUCUUCGGGAUUUUCAGUGGAUUAGUUUUUUGUUUUGUUAGGAGUGCGGCCAUGUUUUGUCUAGCAGUUUUAGACCGCCUUUUGCCUGAUCAAGUUAAAAGCAAAAUGUUUAACAAAUUAACAUUUAAUCUGCUUGGUAAAGUAUUCGCUCUGUUAUCUUUGUGUAUUAAUUUUCAAUGGGUCGCAUCCUGAAUGAUGAGCAGAGCAUAUUUCGGUGGAAUCUUAAUUUGUACAUUUAUCGUUCAAAAGCUGGGGGUAGGAAAGAUUCAUGUGUCUGCGUUCGGUAAUAUGGGUAAUACAUCACAAUGGUAAACGUAAAUUAUAUUGUUACCAUAAGCUCUUCAAAAUACUGUGAAUAAUUAUAUCAGAUUAUUCUUUUUUUUUUUUUUAAAUGCAUUUUAAGGAUACUUAAAUGCUGGAUCAAAUGAAGGAGAUGCUAGGAAUAAAAGCACACGUUCACUCUUUGACAGCAGAUGGCGCUGAUGAAACAGCAGAAAUGUUACUCUGGUAACCACGUAAACAAAGCAGCUGUUACUUUCUGUUUCUGAACAGUUUUGAAAUGUUUCAGUCAUUAAGAUUUUUUGCAUUGGCUGUUUGGAGUUCAUUGCAGCACUAAAUAAUUUAUUUUUGUGUACAUUUUAAUCUGGAUUACAACGUGCCCUAGUUAUUGUACGAAGACGUUUUGAUUUUUAAUUGUUCGGUCACACUUUACAUUAAAGCACCAUUAGUUAACCUGAACUAUCAAUGAAAAAUUCUUCUAGAGGAUUCGGUUAAUUUCAACAUUUGAGCAUGUUAUUAAAAUCAAAAGUUGUAGGUAUAUUAUUUAAUGGAGAUGGGUUAAUAUGAACUCGCAGACAAUAAUAACUUCUGUAACAAAUAUAGUUAAUGGUAAUGCAUUAACAAAACAGACUUGUCCUGUCAAACGAUUAAUUGCAAUUAAUUGCAUCCAGUUUUGUUUACAUAUGUGCACUGUGUAUAUUUUUUAUGUAUCUAUAUAACAAUACACCCACUCACAUAUAUAGUCGAGAAAAAUCUGUUAUGUUUAUACAUUAAAAAUUAUUAAAUUAUGUGAAUAUAUACAUGUACAUAUUUUCAAAAAUAUAUGAUGUGUGUGUCUAUUUACAUAUACAUAAUAAAUAUACAAAGUACACACAAAAACUUUAUUGUAAAGUGUUACCUUUUGUUAUUUUAAUUCUUUUGCACUAAUUCAUUCGCUUGAUUUAUGAGUUUUUGUGUAUUGCUUAAUUGUAUUUAAAUGUUUACUACUUUUGUUUUAAGGUAUUAAACCGGUUAUACUGUUUUGUCGUGAUACUGCAAAAUGAAAAUUUGAGACCGUCACAUGCCUAGUCUCUUAUGAUCACCAGUGCUGCAUUUAUUUGGUUCAAAAUAAAGUAAAACUGUAAUAUUGUGAAAUCUUAUUACAACUCUUUUCUCUUUGAAUACAUUUUAAACAGUUUUUUUAUCAGUGUUGAAAACAGUUGUAACAGCUGCUUAAUAUUUUUUUUGACCCCAAAAUAAUGUUUUGGUUUUUUUUAUACAUUUUUGCAAGUUUAUUUGAAUAGAAAGAAGAGCCGUUAUUUUGAUUUUGGAUCAGUUUAAUGCAUUCUCAUUUAUUUUUCAGUUCUUACUUACCCCUAACUUUUGAACAAUAGGCUCAUAAAGACUCUUACCUACUUUUUUUCCGUGAAUAUUUUUUCCCCACAGGAAUCUCAGGGAAACUGAUGAAACAAAAAAAACCUUUAAUAAAACCCCUACAAACUAUAGACUUCUAUGUACAGGUUUUUCUUUCUUGUCUUUGAGUACUGAAUGUAAUACACUUGUUGUAUAAUAUGUUUUCAUAGAAAUUGAAUGUAUUAAUGAACAAAAUUAAGGUUAAAGAACAUAAAAUUUUUAAUAUAUCUAAUAUAUCUUUCUCUCCAUACAAACGUAUUGGUGGUCCAAAUAAAAUGUGCGUCUAUUCACUAA